UCUCAUUGUGUCAUAAAACUUGAGAGCCAGUAUCGGAACAUCCAACAGCUAUCGUUCAGCGUCGUGGUUCAGCUUGCCGAGUACGACCUUUGCACCUCCACCCCAACAGGAGAUGUAUUAGAGGCUAGUUGAUUGAUCGCGAUCGCUACCAAAUACCGAGACACCUGGCUGUUCGCAAAACAGCCGAAAGACCAUUUUUGUGUGAGGAUGGCCGAUCCAAACAUCGCGAUGACCGUCGCGCUAAUUCUAUUGAUGUCAACAUGUUUCCCGACCUGCCUACCAGAAACAUACUUGGUUUUGCCGUUGCUGGCGGGAAGACUUUUGUGGACCUCGCCUCCGCCCGCCCUCGCUUUUUACCAACCUUUCCGUGUCGCUGCGUUAUCUGAAUUGCCACGCAGCAAGGCAUCAUCAGCAAGGUGCUCCACCAAGGUCCUUCUCCCCGGCCCUACCAAUUCAGCCCUAGACCCGCAGUCACACAGGAUGGGUUGCAGUGGAUGGUACACCAGGUUUUGCUCAUCCUGCGCUCGCCAGGGCAUCCCCGCCAGCCGCCCCUGAUUGUGUCUCAAAAAGGAGCAAGACAUGCAAGCACACAGUAAUUGAGACAAAGCCCGAUUGUAAUAGCCAAUGGCUUGCGUUGAGUAAUUUCCGC